CGCACCUGCAGCCCCUCCUUCCUCCCGCCGGUGCCGGGUGGGGGAGGACGGGCGCCCGCGGCCUCCUCGGUUUCCCGGUCCGGGUCUCUUGGCUUGCCUCUCCCCUGCCCACGAGGCCAUCCACGCCUCUCUUCCCUCCUUCCCCUCCGUGACCUCUGGCCUCCCAUUCAUUCCUUCCUCGUCUUCCUCUUUUCUCCCUCCCCGCUCGGGCCCUCUCCCACACUCCACCCGCCGUGCGGCCCCCCGCUGCGUUCUCGGGGUGUCUUUAGAGCAUCCGUGGAAGUUGAGGGCCUGGAUCGUGGCUCCGCGAGUCGCGCCCGAGAGCGCAGCCUGAGCUGCUGGCUGGAGAGAGGAAGAUGUCUGUGCUCAGGCGGAUGAUGCGGGUUUCCAAUCGCUUCCUCCUCGUCUUCAUCUUCAUCUUCUCGCUCUCCUCCUCUUGCCUCUACUUCAUCUAUGUGGCUCCGGGCAUCGCCAACACAUAUCUUUUUAUGGUACAAGCUCGAGGUAUAAUGUUGAGAGAAAAUGUAAAAACAAUAGGACAUAUGAUCAGGCUGUACACAAAUAAAAAUGCUACUCUCAACGGGACAGAUUAUCCAGAAGGCAAUAAUUCAAGUGAUUAUCUUGUUCAAACCACAACGUAUCUCCCGGAAAACUUCACAUAUUCACCAUACCUUCCCUGUCCAGAAAAACUGCCUUACAUGCGGGGAUUCCUCAAUGUCAAUGUAAGUGAAGUCAGUUUUGAUGAAGUUCAUCAGCUCUUCUCCAAGGAUUUAGAUAUUGAGCCAGGAGGUCACUGGAGGCCUAAAGACUGUAAACCAAGAUGGAAGACGGGCACACAACCUUUCAAUCGUGCAAUGCUCUUCAACGUGGGCUUCAAAGAGGCCAUGAAAGACAGUGUCUGGGACUGUGUGAUCUUCCAUGAUGUGGAUCAUCUCCCUGAAAAUGACCGAAACUAUUAUGGAUGUGGAGAGAUGCCACGUCACUUUGCAGCUAAGCUGGAUAAAUACAUGUAUAUUCUUCCUUAUAAAGAGUUUUUUGGUGGUGUAAGUGGACUGACUGUGGAACAGUUUAGAAAGAUCAAUGGAUUUCCUAAUGCUUUCUGGGGAUGGGGAGGAGAAGAUGAUGACCUUUGGAACAGAGUUCAUUAUGCUGGAUAUAACGUCACCAGACCAGAGGGGGACUUAGGAAAGUACAAGUCCAUUCCUCAUCACCAUCGAGGGGAAGUACAGUUUUUAGGACGGUAUAAAUUACUAAGGUACUCUAAAGAGCGUCAGUACAUCGAUGGGUUGAACAAUUUAUUAUAUACGCCAAGAAUACUGGUUGAUAGGUUGUAUACAAAUAUAUCUGUAAACCUCACACCAGAGUUAGCUCCAAUUGAGGACUAUUAAAAAAAAAAAGACGAAGAAGUAGCUCUCAUGGCACGAUGCACCACAAUGCUGGAUCAUGUACUUGGAGUGUACUCUCAGUGGAGGUCAGUGCCCGGACCAUGAGAAGAGCCAGCAGUCCUGGGGCUCACAGUGUUGGCACUGUGUAAAGUCCCCCUCUUCCACCUGCCCUGUCGUGGUACACUCCACGACACGGCCAACACUGCAGAACCGGAAGCCGGUGCUGAAGAUUGGAAGUUAAGAGAGCUCCUUAUACAAAAAGAAAUUUUUUAUACUCGGAUCUAUAAUUUAAGAGAAUGCUUUUAUUUCCAUUUAAACAUAUUUUGUACAUAUGUGAUAUAAAUCAAUGUGUUUAAAUAAUUGUUGAACAAUAAGCUGUGUUGCAGUUUUGCAUGUAAUUGGUUAUGCUUCCGUUGGUCUUUUAUAAUACAUUUUUUUAUUUGCAUGGGGAAAAUUACUGUAAAUUUAUGUCACUAAACAAAGUUUAACCCUUGUGUAAAAAUGAAGGAACUGUCAGUAAUUGACAGUGAAUACAGUAAACUGUUAUACUAGUUUUCAGCUUUAGACCUCCAGCCUUUUGCGUGGAAGAAGGCUUAGCUUUUUGAUGGCUUUAAAGGGAAAGAAGAAAAGACUCAAGCAGCUAUUUUUCCUGCCAGGAUUACCUAUUUUUUUCCUUGCUUGCAAGCUUACCAGAUUUAGCUGAAUCACAACCACGUUGUUUAUGCAUAUUGCAUGGUAUUACCAAGAAAAUCUUAAAUGUUGUGAUGUGACAUGAUAUAAAGGACCUCUUUAUGUUAAUGUCUGUUAUGACCUCUGGUGUGUCAGGGAUUCUGUGCCUCAAAAACGCUCCCACGCUUGUAUGUUUAUACAGUUUUUUUUUUUAAUUUCAUAGUGAACAGCACUUUUAUUAUUUCCAGGUCAGAAGAGCCAAAACAAAAUAUAUUCAUUUUUUAAAUUAGUUUUUUUUAAGAAGAAGCUAUAGAGAGCCUAAGUAGUACUUAUACAGAUGAAUUAUACUAUUGGAUAAGACGUUAAAUGUUCUAUUUUUAUGAAGAUAAAUGCCUCAUAGAUUAAAAACAAAUUUUACUUAUCAGACUUGCACAGUUUCACCUUUAAAAAUGACCCUUAUAAUGUCAGCCAGUUUCAUACAAACUAUAUUUUUUUUCACUUACAGUAUAAUGUCAUAGAAUUAUCUUUUGUGUGUGUGUGUGUGUGCCUGUGUGUAUAUGUAUAUGUGCGUGUGCGUGUGCGCAUGGUGCUGGAGACUCACCCCAGGCCCUCUACAGUUACCUUACAAUACAUGAUCAAUUAUCUAGAUGCACUGAUAAUGGGAUACUUGGGGAAGCAGGUCUGACUACCUAAUAGCAAGUAGAUUUACCUUAAGAUUGAACAAACCUUUCCAUUAAAAAUUCAAAACAGUGUUCUUAACUUUGAAGAUGACCAGUUAUAAGGAUUUUUUUAAAAAUCAUAAAAUAUUUUCACAAACUUAAAAUCUUAUAUAGUCUAUAAAAUAAAUCUUUGAAAAUAAUGGAGAAUGAUAAGAUGCCUCCAUCUGAGAAAUGUUUGAAUAAAAUUUGCCUCUGAGUUGUUCACCUUAAAUGGAAAUACGGCUAUGUAUCUCAGGUUGUAGAUUUAAUUUUCCAGGACCAUUUUCUAUACCAAUUUUAGUAACACAAAUGACCAUAAAUGAAAUCAUAAAAUAACUGAGAAUCAUAUACUUGAAGGAAAUAGUUUCUCUGUAAUAUACCUGACAGAAUUUUCCAUAUUUAUUUCUUAGAAAUAUUUCCAAAAUAUUCUCUGCCAUUUUAUUUGUGGUACUCAAAAUAGUAAAAAGAAAAAUCAAGCCUUCCGAAAAGUACAAACAUUUGUACUUAACUAUGUUGUCCAUUCAUUUUGUGUCCCUAUAGCUAAUGUACUUUUUUUUUUAAUUUGGUGAAAUGUAAGAAGAUAAAAUGACCGUGUUAACAUUGUUGUUUACAGUUAACAAGGUAGCAGGGCACAGGGACAUAAUUAACCUACCAGUGCUGAAGUGUUUAGUGGUGGGGAGAAUUAGUGUUGUUUCUGAGUCUUACUCAGGAAACAUGAUUUUUUUCUCAUUUUAAUGUAGGGCUGUCCACUUUCUGAUGUCUUUUCAUUUUGACAUACAUUCAUACUUUCAAGGGGAUUCAGAAUCUGCCUUAUUUUGGUGGUUUAGUCUGACAUUAAUUUUUUAGGAGUUGUAUGCAAAUGUUUUACUUUUUACAGUUUUGAAUAUGGUGUGCCAUCCUGUAAAAACUACCUUAUAAUUUUUUUAAGUGCAGAUCUAAAGUUAUUUUUGGCUAUGAACACUGACCUUUUUGUUUCCAUGAAGUGAUAGCUUACCUUCAUUAGGUGACAAUAAAUCUGUUCCCUAAAGAUGAAUGAGUACAUUGCAAAAGUAAUCAGUCUUCUGUUUAGUGUUGGGUUGUUUUAUUAAUGAACCAUGUAUUAAUUAUCCACUCUGUAUUAGGUCCAAUGCUAGAUGUGACUAUUUAGAAGUAUUAUUUUAUUCUAAACAAGUCAAGCAAGUUAAAACCUUGAAAUUUUGAAGACAUUCUCUGAUUAUUUUAUUUUUUUCAGUCUCAAAGUCAUGAAACCUACAUUACAUAGAAAAUAUUAGAAGAUCACUGUGGCACUCAGAAAAUUAUAUAGUGCCUUUCACUAGAGAAAGAGGUCAUGAUUUACAGCCCUGUUUGUAGAAAAGAAAGGGGAGGACACACAGGACACACAUUUGUUAAAAUUGUAUCUAAUUCACUGAUAAGAUAUCAUUAACUUCUUUGUUAAACUAGGAUUUGAUGAGCAAAAUUAAAAAAUUUGAUUCAAAGAAAUAAUCUUAUAAAUGUGUUAAAAUGAACUUUACAACUUUG